UUCCGCUGGCAGCUGCGCACUCAAACUGUGCCUUCCACAUCGACUCCGACUCUGGCUCCGACUGCGACUGCCUCGGCAGCAGCGUCAGCGACGCUCAGUCCAAGCUUCAAUGCUGCCGGCGCAGCCGCUGCGAGUGUUUCGCGUCGUCCGGUGCUGAGCGUGCGCAGGCGAAUAAUCAACACGCCGACGGCAGCGUCUGAGUCAACCACGCAAAUUGCAGAAUUGACGACGACCUCUAAAUACAAUCGACUGCGCGGCAAGCCAGACUCGGCAGCUGCCGCGGCAAUUACAACGACGCCACCAACAAGCAGAAACAACAACAGCAACAACAACAACAACAGCUAUCUAAGUAAGCUCAAAAGUUCGUCGGCAACAUUGCCGCUGGCAACAUUGUUGCCAGCAACAAGCAGCGCCAUCAGCAACAUCAACACCAGCUCCGACAACGCGCUCAAGCAACAUAAAUUCCAAGCGGCCAGCUAUGCGUUGCGUCGCCAGUUCCAAACGCGACGCCUAACCACAACGCCAAGCUCACCGAAUGGCGAUGAAAGCGUCACAGAUGUACCUCGCACGCAGAAUCCACUGUUUAAGCGACGCCUAACGCUUACCUCGACCCUACCGCCGCCGCGAACGACAACGACAGCUCUGUCAAUUGAGACGACGACCUUCUUGUACGGGAUUGAGGACGAUGACGAUCAGGUGGCCAGGUCCAGCAUACACACGAGUCGCUUUAAUCAGAUUGCGGAGCAGCUGCGUCCGCUGCAUAGCUCCAGCUCCAGCUCCAGCACCACGACCCAACGGCCGCCCGCUUUUGUGGCCAACAGCACACGCCGUCAGAUGAUACCGCGCCCACGUCGACCACAGUCCAGCACGCCUGCGCCGAGUGCGAGCAGCUCUGCCGCAGCAUCGCCGCCAGCAUCGCGUCGUCAACAGAGCCGCCGGCGGCCGCACAAGUACAUCGAGGUCUAUAAUCGGCCGCUGAGCAAGCUGGCGCUGGCCGCGGCCACAUCGCAUCGUCGUUCGGAUGCUGGCGAUAACUCCGAGCCCAGCUCGGCGACUGUGGCGCCACAGACGCGCCGACGCGGCGAGAAGGCGCGACAGCUGCAGUCCAGGGCGCCGAAGGUGAUUGUCCAUGGGCAGGGCAUCAUUGAGUGCCGGGAUCAGGGCAACUUUCCGCAUCCGCUCAGCUGCCGCAAGUUCAUUUCGUGUGCCAAGUUCGACGGAACCGGCGGCAUCGUUGGCUGGGAGUACACCUGCCCCAAAGGACUCGGCUACGAUGGCGACAGCGGCAUGUGCACCUACACGGCAACCAGCGACGGCCGAGCCUGCCGCGAUUGAAGCCUCCGGCACGGGGUCACUGACUGAAUAUAGACCCAAGCGCCCCACUCUGCACUUCCAAACACCAAUCAUUCCAUCUUUCAUG